AUGACGGCGGAUUCCUCUUCACCAGCUGUCGAUUGGAUUUACUGGAACAUUCAUGCUGACGCUGUUUCCGAGGCAAUCUCCUCCGAUUCCGGUGAAAAGGUGCUAAGCUUUCUUCCGUCAUAUGACGGACGGAGUUUUCUUGACUCGUUAGCUUGA